AUGCCACGACCUCGACCGCUGACUUCUACCGCUUCCUACCGAGGUUCAGACCAGCAACUCACACCCCGGACACCACACAGCGGAUCCCGAACAAGCCGUCUGGAACAAGGCUUCUCGAAGAUACCACUGUCUGAGUCGAAUGGAACGGACUACGAUGACGACUCUGGCGCCUUGCAAUCUGCCCCUCUGUUAGCCUCGUCAUCAACGGCCAGAUUCUCUGUACACAGCGCACGCGCACGAGCUACCGCCGAUUCAAAUGGGAAGGGAGGGGAGGCUCGAAAGCCACUGCAUCAUCCAAUGCAAUUCUUAUAUCGUUUUGUCUCCCGACUACCGUUAGCGGUGGGGAUAUUCCUGAGCGGCAUCUUACUAUUUCUGAUCGUCGUGUCUUUCACUCGACCGGAGGCGCUUCACAAAUAUGUGGGAGCAAAAGCACCUACGUCUUCUGCUUCAUCUUCAGCUCCGAUUGCGACUUCUGCGUUAAAUUCAAAGUUUUCGCCUUCACAUUCGCACAAGCCCACGAUACCAGGCGCUCAUACCAUUUCCUACGCAAACUAUACCACAUUUCCUCUCCACCCUAAUGAAUAUCUUAAUGAAUGCGCCAAAUUGCAUCAAGGUUAUAUGUCGCAUGGGGACUUUUGGGAUAUAGGCCCUAUGGGAGGCAUGGAUGUACCGCAUGACGACGACAUCAAAAGCGCUGGGAAGGUUUGUUCUAGCACCAUCACUUACAUGCUCGAUGGGACGGUUGGACUUUCUGCAGAUUUGGCUUUGAUGGCCCAGGCUGCGGCAUUGGCAAAUGAGCGAAAUCGCACGUUUUUCGUAGACGAUACUUACUGGAAUCGAGGAAAGUGGCUGGAUCAUUUUGAGGAGUUGAGUAAAGGACAACCCGGUCCUGAACCUAACUGCCUGCCACCUCCUGCGGACGAAUUGGUGGCAUGCCCGCGUACUUCGAGGCAUUGGGUCAUCAACGCAAGAACAGCCAAGUUUCAUUUUGGUCACGCCUUUUCAGACCAUUACGAAGACCCAUAUGGGCAUUCACUCAAUCGAUUGAAACCUAUAUUUGAUUAUUCCGGCCACUCUCUGAAAUCAGUGAUUAUUCCAAACGAAUGGAAUACCAAGUUAAUCCGGCUAGCGCGAAAGGAACUUUCUGCAUUUAUACAGGAGGCAAACGAACAGGACAAUUCCGGCAUCGUCUAUAUUGCAACACAUAUCAGACGUGGUGACCGUAAAUCGCUUUCCUACAUAUUCCCAGAUCGCAAAAUCCCACUUGAGGAUUAUUCUAAUGCAGUGGCAACUACCUGGACGCGCCUGCACCCUGGCUCGGCAUCCUCCAAUCCUGUGGUGUAUCUAGCGACCGAUUCACCAACUGCAUAUGAGCAAUUCUCACAGUUGUAUCGGGGGCGAUUUUACAGUCUUUUCGAUGCAUCAGAUCCUAGGUUGCGUCCUUUAGCCAGCCCUGGAGAGUACUUUCAGAAAACUUUCAACGAACUUGACAUUCAUGAACGGAUCACAGCCACAAGGGGUAUGAUUGUUGAUCUUGCCAUUGUUAGCGGUUUGUGGCCGGCAGAAGGCGCAGAUAUCAAGCCAGACGCCGUUGUAUGCGCAAUUAGCUCCUCUGUCUGUAGGCUCAGUGCGGUCGGGCUAGGCUGGGUCAAUGCGUUUGGCAAUUUGGAUUCCACGGGUGGUAUCGACAAUACAAAUAAACGAUGGGUAGAUGUCGACCAGAAGGGAAUAGUAGAGCCUAUAUGGGAAGCUUUUGAACUUUUCUAA